UGGCAAAAAACACACGAGAAAUAUGAUUCCCAGAAUAGGUAUCCUCCUCAUCCUCUCUCUCUACUUGUUUGCUGGAAUCUCGUCUCAAAGCAAUGAAUAUGACGCCACAAUCAGAACAAUGGAGGAGUUUUCAGGUUACCAAAUUCAUGAGCCAACCUUUCAUGAUUCCUCCUCAUCUUCUCUUUCAGUAGACACUGAAACUCUGCAGAGACAGAUUGAUGAGCUCUCAACUUUCUCUGAUGUACCUGCGCCUGCGGUCACAAGGAUCCUUUACAGCGAAAAAGAUGUGCAAGCAAGGGGGUUCGUCAAGAAUUUGAUGAACAUUUCCGGUCUGUCAGUGAGAGAGGAUGCGGUUGGGAACAUAUUUGGUCGAUGGGUUGGUUCUGAACCAGAGCUGGCUCCAGUUUCCACAGGUUCUCAUAUAGAUGCUAUACCGUACUCAGGGAAAUACGAUGGAGUAGUUGGAGUGUUGGGUGCCAUUGAAGCAAUUAACGUCCUAAAGCGGUCAGGCUUUAAGCCUAAGAGAUCUCUGGAGGUGAUCAUGUUUACAUCUGAAGAGCCAACGCGAUUUGGAAUCAGCUGCUUGGGAAGCCGCUUAUUAGCUGGAAGUAAAGAAUUGGCCCAACUUCUUAAAAGGACAGUCGACGGUCAAAACAUAUCCUUCUCUGAUGCUGCCAAGUUUGCUGGAUACUCGAACAGUGAGGACCUUUCCAGCGUUUUUCUGGAAAAGGGAAGCUAUUCUGCUUUUAUUGAACUGCAUAUUGAGCAAGGUCCCAUCUUGGAAGAAGAAGCAAUCUCAAUUGGUGUUGUCACCGCCAUUGCUGCUCCAGCAAGCAUCAAAGUGGAUUUUGAAGGCAAUGGAGGGCAUGCUGGAGCUGUUCUGAUGCCAAAGAGAAACGAUGCAGGACUGGCUGCUGCAGAAUUAGCUCUUGCUGUCGAGAAACAUGUUUUAGAAUCUGGAUCAGUCGACACUGUUGGGACCGUUGGUAUUCUGGAGCUGCAUCCCGGAGCAAUAAACAGUAUACCGAGCAAAGCACAUUUGGAGAUCGAUACUCGUGACAUAGAUGAACAGAGGAGAAAUCUCGUGAUUGAGAAAAUCCAUCAGUCCGCCCUGAGCAUUUCAAAAGCUCGCAAUGUGGAGCUCUCAGAAUUCAAGAUCGUCAACCAAGAUCCACCUGCACUCUCAGAAGAGCUGAUCACCAAAGCAACUGAAUCAGCCUGCCAAGAACUGAACAUGCCUUACAAGAAGAUGAUCAGCAGAGCCUAUCACGAUUCCCUGUUCAUGGCCAGGAUAUCUCCAAUGGGCAUGAUCUUCAUUCCAUGCUAUAAAGGAUAUAGCCAUAAGCCUGAAGAGUUCGCAGCGCAACAGGAUAUCGCGAACGGCGUGAGAGUAUUAGCGCUAACGCUUGCCAAACUCUCCAUUUCUUGAUGCCUUGAAGUUGUUACUCAAGGCUACAUGUAUGCCUAUGUAUGUGUAUCUAAAUAAAUCGCCUAUUUUUGCUUUUGUUUAGAAAAUUAUGAAUUCUGGCAAUAACAUUAUGGUCUUAUUGCUCC